AUCAAACACGGCUGUGUACAUUCUUUCUUCCUUAUUUUAUCACCGUUUUCUCCUAUAAACUGGUCCUUGAAUCGUGAAUAGACAACGGAGAAAAUUAUUUCAAGUCAUUUGAUUGCCCAAAAUGUUUAUUUGAAGAAGGAAAUCAAGGAAAAUCAAGUCUUAAUUGCCGGGCUAAUAGAAACGAUUGCUACUUCCUCACGCUAAGCUCUUGUCACGUAAAGGUGAAGACACGAUAAAGAGUGAAUCUGAUCCUCACACACACUGCUGAGGGAGGAAAGUACUUACUGCUUAAAGGUGAAGACACGAUAAAGAGUGAAUCUGAUCCUCACACACACUGCUGAGGGAGGAAAGUACUUACUGCUUAAAGGCAACCAUGAGACGAAAGAGAAGAUUCAAGACUCAGCUGGCUUGCGGUGGAGUACUUGCUGUCCUGUUUACUGCUUUGGCUUACCAUGACCUAAGCAAGGACAUUACAAGCGAAAGUACAGCAAUCACAAAAGAACAUUCAGAAAUAUCGUUUACGUCAAGGCAUCUUUCAGCUCACAAAACCCACAAGCUGAAAAACUGCACGCCACCAUCGAUAGAGGAGUUCCCGAACGAUUUUUUCAACCAGAAGCAAAGGCAACAUGGCGCUGUUAUUGUUAACUUUGCAGUCGCCUUCUACAUGUUCUGGGCAAUAGCUAUAGUGUGUGAUGAUUAUUUUGUGCCAUGUUUGGAGAUCAUCUGCGAGAAAAUGGAUCUUCAAAGUGAUGUAGCUGGGGCGACGUUUAUGGCCUUAGGAAGUUCAGCACCUGAGCUUUUUGCUUCUGUGAUUGGUGUAUUUGUCACAAAAGGAGACAUUGGGGUUGGAACUAUUUUAGGAUCAGCAGUUUUUAACGUACUUUUUGUGAUUGGUGUCUGCGGCAUUGGGGCAGGCACGGUUUUGUACCUUGCUUGGUGGCCUUUAGUCAGGGACAGCAUGUUCUAUCUGUUCAGUCUUGUUAUACUCAUGUUGGUUCUUAUGGAUAACAUAGUCAUCUGGUCAGAAGCCACGGCUAUGGUUUGCUUCUACUCAGUCUACCUUCUGAUUAUGUUUUUCAAUCCUCGCAUCGAGGCGUGGCUCUACAGGGUGACAAACACAACUAGCCCUGAAUACAAGUCUGAACUUCACGCUAAUAACGGCAAGAAAAACGGGUACUCAAAAGUUCCCGGAGAUGACUCAGAAAAUACUGAAUUUGAGAAAAACAAGGAGAAAGACGAUUUAAAAGAAGUAAAAGAAGACAACGAACAAAAUAAAAAGGAGGAAGAAAAGGAAACGAAACCUGUAUUCUCUGAAAGCGGCGAGCAUUUGGCUCAUCACUAUGAAUAUGAUCAACAAAGACCUCACGAGGUCCCAGAUCUCACCCUAGGAACGCCAUUGAGUCCACCGGAAGGAGUCUGGGCUCGCUUCUGCUGGGCGCUUGGGCUGCCAAUCAACAUUUUAUUCUAUUUCACAAUACCAGAUGUAAAAAAGGAAUCUUGUCGUAAGUUCGUGGGAUUCUCUUUUGUGGUGUGCAUUGUGUGGAUUGGUGUGACGUCAUACAUUCUUGUUUGGAUGGUUACUAUAAUUGGAUACACUUUCAUGAUUCCUGAUACCGUUAUGGGACUUUCUCUUGUUGCUUUCGGUAGCAGUGUUCCCGACUGCUUAUCAAGCCUCUUUGUAGCGCAGAAAGGUGACGGAGAUAUGGCCGUGUCGCACACAGUUGGUAGCAAUGUAUUCGACAUCCUGUUGUGCCUAGGAAUUCCCUGGCUUGUCAAAACCACUGUUUGGGACUAUGACUCAGCAGUCGUCAUCAACAGUCACGGACUCUUCGUCUCUUGUUUCUUCAUUUUGGGCUCAAUAGCUGUCACGCUGUUUAUUAUUUACUACUAUAAAUGGGUUUUGGAUAAAAAAGUGGGCUGCAUCUAUCUUAUAUUUUACUUUAUAUUCAUGGGCAUAUCUAUCUAUGUGGAAAUGAAAGCGUUUGGGAAGUACAACCCGCCUAUGUGUAUCGUAGACGUUUGAAUUUCAAGUCCUAUCUAUAUUUGGAAAGCCAUUAAAAUUGGCCAUUGUUAUAUUUCAAUUGACAUGGUGUUCGUAGUUCAACUUAACUGUAUGUACUUGAAGAAUACUCUGGUCGAGGGUUUUAAACAUGAGAUGCAACUUUCCUCGAUGGCAUUCAAUCGUGCCUGCAUUCUAGAAUACCAAACAGUUAGAAAAAAGGCUGACCGAGAACAGUUAACAUCCAUAAUAGUAUGUCAGAAUAACUUGAAUCAAUCUUGUUUCUUGUACUAGUUUCGCCUUUAAGAGAGAUAGAACACCUCGGCGACUAGUUUCCUACUCCCAUUUGCCACGAACAUACAAAGAACCAUGCUGAUGAUAUCAUUUGAAGACUUUUCAAUUCCAAAAGGAUGGAUAAGAUUUUAAGGCAAUGUUAUUCUUUUACAGGUUAAUCUAUCCUACACAGAAUUUGCACGAAAAAUGACAACAAUCCUUGCUUUCAUUUUGCGUGCCAUUAAACAUGCCAUUAAUCACGGGAGUCAAGGGCUCUGCUGGAUUAAACGUGUUUUAAGACACACACUAUUUUUUAAAUUAGAUUACGAAAGACAAUGACUCUACCAGAAAGGAAGUUUGUGAGAGUAGGAAAGUGAUUAAAGUUUUUGGUGUAUGCAACCAAAAAAUAAUUUCUUGCUUGGGAAAAAAUUUAAGUGCUUUACAGGUGUAAAAAGGUGAGGAACUUUCCACCGGGUGAUUAAUGAAAAGGAUAAUAUUAUUCAGAUCAAUGCAAUAAAUAUCUUCCUUUUUUGAAA